CUUUUAUACAUGAUUUCAGUCAUUCAUCUUUUUUACGCUUCGCACCUCUACACAGCUCAUAGAGAGACACGAUCUAGUCCGAUAGCCCGCCGAGUACGCAAAGGAUAGUGGGCAUCCAAACUCGCCGCAGUCACUCUCCGGCUCUCUCGGUGGGCAUCACCCAUGCCCACCCGUCCUUCUGAUUCAGAAGUGACGACGACGAGGCCAACCAAGAUUCCAAAGAUGGAAGACUCCAUCGACGUAGUCAGCGCAUCGACAGCAACUGCUCCUAUACCCUCCUAUCGACCAGACGCAAAGGAGAGGAGGUAUGACAGGCAGCUGAGACUAUGGGCAUCAUCAGGACAAAAAUCACUUGAACAAGCUCGUGUUCUGCUAGUCGGAUGCAAUGCUACUGGUUGUCAAUCACUAAAGAAUUUGGUCCUUCCCGGCAUCUCGCACUUCACCAUCUUGACCGACGCAAAAACUACUGCACAGGAUGUCGCGACCAACUUCUUUCUCCACCCGGAGAGUUUAGGCCAGAAUGUCGCCGAUGAGGCCGUCAAAUACCUCAAAGAGCUCAAUCCAGCCGUAGAAGGGGUCGCGAACGUCCAAGACCCGGCAACACUGCUCAAGUCUGAGCCCGAUUUCUUCACAUCCUUCACUCUCGCCCUCUGCUGUGAUGUUGAUCCUGACCUAGAACUCAGCAUUGCAGACCUGCUCUGGCAGCACUCAUCUACUCCUGGCAAUCGAGAUGUUCCCUUGAUGUCGAUCCGGAACUCAGGGUUUAUCGGCCGCAUCAGCAUUCAACUACGAGAGCACUGUGUGAUCGACACACAUCCCGAUUCAACUCAUACAUUACGCAUUGAUCAACCUUUCCCAGAGCUGGAGACAUAUGCUCGUAGCCUUGACUUGGACAGCAUGGACUCCAUGGAGCAUUCACAUAUACCCUACUUGGUCCUACUCGUCCGAGCUUUGUGCGACUGGAGAGAUGCGCACGAGGGUCAAGCUCCUAGCUUUGAGUUCCGCGAUGAGUUCAAGGAGACACUGCGCAAAGGGAAACACAAGUACGAUGAAGAGAAUUUUGACGAGGCGAUCGGUCAGGCAUUCAAGUGCUGGAACACUAGCGAGAUUCCGUACGAAGUAGAGAGCCUUCUGUCCAGAGACAAUGUCAAGAAUAUCACUGCCUCAUCUCACAACCUUCAUAUCCUUCUCCACACUCUCGGCAUCUACCUUCAAAGCCAUCCACUUCCCCCGAUAUCGCCAUCCCUCCCAGACAUGCAUUCCUCUACCGAAUCCUACAUCACCCUCCAAAAUAUGUACAAGCGACAAUACCAAUCGGACCUUGCAGAGUACAAAUCUGUCCUCGACAAAGUUCUGGACAGCGUCGGAUUACCUUCCGGAGCCGUUCCCGUAACCGAGAUCGAGAGCUUCGUCAAAAACUCGGGAGGCGUGGACAUCGUUAAUGGCAGCCCGCUCAGCGCUCAACGAGAUGUCAAGGGCUUGACACGUGAAGCGAUCAAUGAGCACUUUGCCGAUCCCGAAUCAGAAAACCACCUAGCCAUCGCUGAGCAUCUGGCUAUCCUUGCUGCUGAACGCUAUCGCACGAAGCAUUCAAUCUGGCCUGGGACGACCAGCGAUACCACGGCAGACUGUCAGAUUCUAGAAGAGUCGAUCAAAGAGAUGUCUGGUCUUACAGCGCUGCCUGGAAUGGCUAAGGAAGCCAUCGUCGAGGUUGUACGCGGAGGGUUCAGUUCACUGCCGACAACAGCAGCUUUCAUUGGCGGUCUGGUGGCUCAGGAAGCCAUCAAGCUUGUGACCGAUCAAUAUUCGCCUCUUGACAAUACAGUCAUCGUUGAUCUGGUCAAGAGUACGACCACUGCUUUUAAGCUGUAAACCAUACAUGAGAGGCCUCAUAACGCUCUAGGAUGCUUGUGCAAUUGGGUUGCAGCGGGGACGCAGAGCCAUAUGCAUUACCCACCAU